AUGCAACCUGGGCUUUGGCUGGUGACCAGCACACUGGCAGCAGUGCUGGGCAUGGCCCUGCUGGAGGAUGGCGUGUGCCGGGCACCGGAUGGCAAGGAUGGCUUCCCGGGAGUCCCUGGCCUUGACGGAAGGCCAGGGCAGAAGGGUGACGUGGGAGAGCCAGGGAAAUCAACACAGAGGACAGGUAUCCAGGGACUCAAAGGGGAUGCAGGUGAGCCAGGGACUCCUGGCAUCCCAGGGAACCAGGGCUACCACGGUCCACAUGGCCUCCCCGGGCUCCCAGGGCAGCCGGGGCCAAAAGGGAGCAAGGGGAAAGCUGGCAAUAUCCUGGAGCAGCCACGUCCUGCCUUCUCUGCCUCGCGGAGGUCCCCACCAUCUAUGGGCAGGACAGUGGUGUUCGACAACAUCAUCACCAACCAGGAGAACUCCUACAGUCCCCAGACAGGAGAGUUCACCUGCCGUGUCCCCGGGUUCUACUACUUUGCCUACCAGGUAGUCUCCAACGGGAACCUCUGCCUGAGCAUCACCAAGAACAGGGAGAACAUGGUCAGCUUCUGUGACUACAACAGCCGCAACCUCCUGCAGGUGAACUCGGGCAGCAGCGUGCUCAGCCUGGCCGUGGGCGACCGGGUCUCUGUGAGCACCGACCCUGCCAGGGGCAGCAUGAUUUACAGCGGCUCUGAGGCAGACAGUGUCUUCAGUGGCUUCAUGCUCUUCCCACGGACGGGCUGA